CUUCAUUGGUCUUUGGAAAAUAGAUUAAAUAAGAUUAAAUCCAACCUAACCUAGUCAUUUCAUUAACCAGAAGAAAACCACUCGUCAAGAUCACUAACUGUGCUGUGAACUGAAGUUAAUACAGUCUUCCUAAUCAAAGCUGACACAGUACAGGUCUGUUACUCCGACAUGCCUUCUGAUUGGUUUAUAGAUAGCUCCGCCUAUCCUUCCUCGCUUACCAAGUUGUGCUUAUAUAUUUAGUCUGUACAGUACCCUAAAUGAAAACAGGAAUAGAAAGGUCGUUGUAUCGCAGGUUCUAGUCUAAAUGGUUGUUCAGGCCAAAUCAAGCUCGCACAACUGCAGUAGGACAAUGGAAGGAAAUCAGCACAAAGUGGACGCUAAUGUCUUAUUACUUGGGGCUGAGAAUGUUGGAAAAUCAGCGCUCACGGUCCGAUUUCUUACCAGAAGAUUUAUUGGCGAGUAUGGUGACAUAGAAUCCAUUUACAGUCAUAUUGACAAAAUUGACGGUAGGGAAAUAUCCUUCAACAUAUGGGACUCACUUUACCCACAGGACUGUGAGACAACCGAAACGAUAAGUGAGAAACAGCUUCAAUGGGCAGAUGGUGUGAUACUGGUGUACAGCAUCUGCGACCGCUCCAGCUUUGAGGUCGUGCGGCAGCAAGUGCAUCUUAUUCGUCAUGCCAGUAGGAAGAUGUCUGCAACAGCGCCCAUCAUCAUCGUUGGAAACAAACGCGAUUUGCAACACCAAAGAUCAGUCUCAAGUGAGGAGGGCCGGCUCCUUGCCCUCUCAGAAGACUGUGGAUUUUUCGAGAUAUCUGCAGCUGAAACUUACCACGGCGUUCUGCUGGUGUUCCAUGAACUGAUGGACCUUAUCAAAGAAUCGAGAGCUCUGCGGAAAGGUGCGGCGGGUAUUAAAAGUAUAGUGAGAAGUAUGUCAGCUGUAUUUGGGAAGAAACGCGUAGAAUGAUCGAAAACUCUCAGGCGCAGAAUAGGCUCAUUGAUGUGGUGCGCAAUGGGUUUUGAAGUCAGAACACAGGUAGGCGGUUGUCUAAUGUAGUUUUGAGGCGCAAGUGAUAAAGAUGCUAAAUGGCAGUUGUGAGUCAGUUGCUGUCCAUAAAAACUUUUUUUUAGGGAGAAUACAUUCUCUCUAGAGUUUGUAGCCUGGAACAGAUGGAGGGGGUCAUUACAUGUCUACUUUUUUGAAAGUAGGUAUAGAUGAACUGGCAUCUUUCGCUACAUGGACGUUUCAAUGCGGAGCGUGAGCAGAAAACCGGAGUAGCAGGCGCCGACAACACUGUUGAUCUGCUGAAAGGCCUUUACCAUUGCCUGUUGUUAGGAAAUAUAUUUUUUCUGACAAUAUACACUAUGCGUUUGUAACAUGGUGAAGGCAUGUAAAGCACUGCAAAUCAGCAACCAACUCCUGAAAAUGAACACGUUAUAGCAAACGAGUUACGUCUGUAUGUUCUGUGCUGUGCAGACAUGGGUGGGUUGUUUGAGGCAAUUUCACAUUCCUGUGUAAUACAUUCUGGGGGAAGUUAAAUGUUCUAUUGCUCUCCUUAAUGCAAUUAAUAAAACCGGACAGACUAUCUGGGGAAAGCGUAUAUUGAUGAACACUGAAGAUCAUACUAUUUUAAUUAAUUGUUCAUUACCACAAUACAUUUCACCUUUAUUCAAAUACAGACAAAAUUGUGUUUAAGAAUUUUAUAGGCCAUCUAAAAUGUCCUAAUUAUAUGUUAUAUUACAUUAAAUGUUA